AUGGCGGCGGCGAUGGCGGUGCUGGUGGUGGUGGUGCUAGUGCUGGGCUGCUGCCAUGGAUCGACGGCAACGAUGGCAGAGGCAAGGUGGGAAAAUGCAGGGCCUGCAGGAAGCAAGGUGGUGAGCAGCGCAUCUUUGAUUCUCUUGAACGACUCGCAUUCGCAGUCCCUGGGAGCCUUCUGCUUGGACGGAUCUGCGCCUGGAUACUACGUGAGGCCGGGCAGCGGGGCCAAUGCCUCACGCCUACUGGUACACUUUCUGGGUGGCGGCUGGUGCUGGUCGGUCGACGAUUGCGCUGCGCGCAGCGAGGGUAACAUUGGAUCGUCCUCUAGCUGGACCACUGACGGCAUCCCAAGCACGUUUAGCGCAGGGGGCAUCAUGGAUGCUCUAGAGAGCGACUACGGCAACUAUACGUUGCUGUACGUCAUGUACUGUGACGGCUCUUCCUACACCAGCAAUGCCAGUCAGCCAUAUGCCUUCAAUGCCACCAAGAGCCUCUACUUUCGUGGCCGACGAAUCUUGCAAGCACUGACUGACCACUGGGCCACGGUGUACCCAAGCCCACCCGAGGUCAUUGUCACGGGCUCCUCAGCCGGCGGGCUGACCGUGUACUUGCACCUGGAUGCAAUUGCAGCUGCCUUUCCCGCAAGCACCCGAGUUCUUGGCAUGGUGGAUGCAGGCUUUUUUCUCAACCACAGCAAUACCAAUGGCGUUUACGCCUAUGGCGAUAGUUAUGCAGGGGUGCGGGCGCUUUGGGGCGUUGAUCAAACGUCCUUUGACAGCGGCUGCGUCCAAGCCCACGGGUCUGAAUUUCCCGCCUGCUUCUUUGCGUCCGAGGCUUUCCCCCACAUGGCGACCCCAGUUUUUGUGACCAACUCGGCCAUCGAUGCGUGGCAAAUGGGUAACGUGCUGCAGGUGGGCUGCACCAUAGGCGUUAACAGUACCGGUGGCUGCAGUGCGGCCCAGUUAGCGUCCAUCGCUGCUUGGCGCGGAGAUUUUCUCGAGGCCAUCAACGAGGUCAUUGAGCAGGCUCGCGCAAACCCACAUCAGACGGGGGUGUUUAUCGACAUGUGCCCCGUGCACACAGAAACUUGUGGACCUUCUUGGUUUGGUUACACGGCUCAAGCUGCCUCCAUGGCGGCUGCCUUCCGUGCAUGGCGUGCCGGAACUGGCGAGUCGGUCUGGGAAGAUUCUUCGGCGCUGCCGUGGGAAGCUGGAUUCAAUCCCACCUGCGCAGCCUCGCCUGGUGGCUGGUGCUGA